AGGGCGGGAGGCGGCGGCCGGGCCGGGCGCUGUCAUGGAGCUAGUUCCGCAAGCGCGGGAACUCGGUUGCUGGGCGGCCGAAGAGAUGCGGGUGCCCGCGACGUCCCGGGCCCCGGAGUCCACCCUGCGCAGGCUGUGUCUGGGCCAGGGGGCUGACAUCUGGGCCUACAUCCUACAGCAUGUGCAUAGUCAGAGCAGUGUCAAGAAGAUCCGGGGAAACUUAUUGUGGUAUGGCCACCAGGACAGUCCAGAGGUCAGCCGGAAGUUGGAGCUGGAAGCUACAGUAGCACGCCUGCGCACAGAGAUCCAAGAGCUAGACCAGAACCUGGAGCUGAUGGAGCGAGAGGCUGAGGCUCAGGACCUGGCUGUGGAGCAGAUGCUGCAGAGCACACGGGACACCCAGUAUCGAGCUCUCCUCCUCCGGGCCCAAACUGGAAACCUGYGAAGACAGCAGCAUGGACUGCGAGUCCCCACGCAGCAGCUGCAGAAUCAGCUCAGGYGCCUACAGGACAUAGAGAGGAAGGCCACAGUGGAUGUGACCUUUGGACCCCUGACAUCAACAGCUGUGGCCCUGGAGCCUCUUGUCUUGCGUGAUGUCCGAACAGCCUGUACCCUCCGGGCCCAGUUCCUGCAGAAUCUUCUCCAAGCCAGGGGUGGCAGCAUCCUAAGCCCUCAGGAUGACCAUUUUGGAACUUCAUACCAGCAGUGGCUUGGCUCAGUGGAGACCCUACUGACAAACCACCCUCCAGGCCAUGUCCUGGCUGCCCUAGAGUACCUGGCCGCAGAGCGAGAAGCAGAGAUUCGAUCCUUGUGCAGAGGGGAUGGGCUCAGAGAUAUCGAGCUGUCCAGUCCCCAGGCACCGGACCAGUCAGAUUCCAGCCAGGCCUUGCCAUCCAUGGGGCACCUCAUCCAGGAGGGCUGGCAGACUGUGGGUGCACUUGUUACCCAGCGGGGUGCUCUCCUGAAGGAGCGUCAAAUCCUGACUGGCCACCUCCAGGGCCUGGUCGAGGAGAUAGAGAGACGUACCCUGGGAUCCAGUGAGAGGAAAGUGCUAAUACUGGGACUUAGAUGCUGUGGACUGUGGACAGAGCUCAAGGCCCUGAGGGCCCAGAUUAAGGAACUGGAGGAUGCAGCUGGGCAGAGGCAGCUUCUGCUGAGGGAGCUGCAGGCCAAGCAGCAGCGGAUCCUGCACUGGCGCCAGCUGGUGGAGGAAACCCAGGAACAGAUCCGCCUGCUCAUCAAGGGCAACUCAGCCAGCAAGACACGCCUAUGCCGCAGUCCUGGAGAGGUACUGGCUUUGGUUCAGCGGAAGAUUGUCCCCACCUCUGAGGCCGUGGUACCGCAGAGCCAGGAGCUGCUUCGCUGUCUGGAGGAGGAAGCCCGACAUCUGCCCCGCAUUCUGCUGGGCACCCUGCUGCGGCAUAGCCCUGAAGAGUUGAAGCCCCUGCCCACGAUCCUACCAUCCAUCCACCAGCUGCACCCCAUGUGCCCAAAGGGCUCUARCCUCAUAGCGCUGAGCCACAUACUGGGGCUGCCCACAGGAAAGGCACCAGAGCUGCUCCUCCCAAAGGCUGCCUCUCUUCGUCAGGACCUUCUAUUCUUCCAGGACCAGCAGAGUCUCCGUUGUGGGGAUCUGCUCCACAUGAAGACCAGUCUGCCAUCGGGACCAUCCCCCCAGGAGCUGCUGCAGAUCCAGGCGUCCCAGGAAAAGGAACAGAAGGAGAACCUGGGGCAGGCUCUGAACAGGCUGGAGAACUUGCUGAAACAGGCACUGGAGCGAGUCCCUAAACUGCAAGGAGUCCUGGCAGACUGGUGGGAGCAGCCAGGCCAAGCCACCCUCUCCGGGGAGCUCUGCCAGGGCCUGUCCCUGCCCCAGUGGCGGCUGCGCUGGGUCCAGGCCCAGGGAGCUUUGCAACAGCUGUGCAGAUGAAGAGGGGCCUCAAGGGGCUGGGA